AUGGAGAUGGCAAGAAAAACCUGGGAGAUGGAGAACAAUAUCGUUGUUCUGCCGCCCAGUGACGAGAUAUUUCGCUACGAUGCGGAACAGCAGCAGCGUAUUCUGACUGCACGGCCAUGGGAGAAGGAUCCGAAUUAUUUUAAGGAUAUCAAAAUUUCGGCCCUGGCACUCAUCAAAAUGGUAACACAUUCGCGUUCUGGUGGUGCGCUCGAGGUGAUGGGCCUGCUGCUGGGAAAGGUGAUCGAAGACACGAUGGUGGUGAUGGAUGCUUUCGCCUUGCCGGUCGAAGGUACCGAAACACGGGUCAAUGCUCAGUCACAAGCGUACGAGUAUAUGGCAGCGUACAUAGAAUCGGCUAAAGAGGUGGGACGCAUGGAGAAUGCCAUCGGUUGGUACCAUAGCCAUCCCGGUUACGGUUGCUGGCUGUCCGGUAUCGAUGUGAACACGCAGAUGCUCAACCAAAACUACCAGGAACCGUUUGUGGCGAUUGUGAUCGAUCCCGUCAGAACGGUAUCCGCCGGUAAGGUGUGUCUCGGAGCGUUCCGAACAUAUCCGAAAGGGUACAAACCACCGAAUGAGGAGCCAUCCGAGUAUCAAACCAUCCCAUUGAGCAAAAUUGAAGACUUCGGUGUGCAUUGCAAGCAGUACUAUCAGCUGGAUGUGACGUAUUUCAAGUCAGCUCUCGAUCGAAAGCUGCUGGACUCCCUGUGGAACAAGUACUGGAUGAAUACACUAGGCAGUUCCGGGUUACUAAGCAAUCCGGACUACACAACACGACAGAUCUUGGAUCUGUCGGAAAAACUGGAGCUUAGUGAGGCAAGUCUAGGCAGAGGCCAGUUUAUGGCAAGUGGUUCGCUCGAUCCCAACGAAAAGCGCACGGAGGAUAAACUUUCGAAGGCGAGCCGUGACUGUAGCCGUGCUUCGAUUGAGUUGAUUCACGGCUUGAUGGCCCAAAUUGCUAAGCAUAAGCUGUUUAACACAAUCAACACCGGUGCGGCGAAAGGCACGGAAAAAGCAUCAUAA